CUCAUUACCAUAUAUGGAGUAUUUUUUUACCAUCAUGCACUUCGGUUUUUUGAACCAGAAGUCCACGCAAAGAAAAAACAGGCGGCUGCACGAUUCAAGUACACGUUGAAUAAAUUUUACUUGAUGAUAUCUUAACCCCCGGUUUUAUGUAUAAGACUUGUUGGGAAAACACAGUGGGUGAAUCCUGGAAAGGGCUUGUUUGGGCCCAAAUGUAGAAGAAAGAAAUCGACUUGAAAUGGGACAGGAAGAUGAUUCAGCUUCCAGUUUAAGUGAGGAAGAAGUGGAAGACUCUCAUCACAUUAAAGAUGGGCAAAACUCAUGGGAGGAAGAUUCAAGCAGUGACUCCAGUGACGCAAAUGAUGGUGAAGAAGUGGAGAUAGCAGACUCAGACAACCAACAAACUUUAGAGCAACAAAAAAUAUUACAAAAAGUUGGAAGUCCAGAACAAGAGAAAUCUGAGAAUUCAAGUAGUGGAAGUAGCAGUGGAAGCAGCAGCAGUGAUGGUAGCGAGAGUGAUUCUGAUAAUCCACAAGCAGAAGACGAUAAAAGAAAACCUAAAAAAGAUGACAAAAAGAUUUGGGAAGAAAAUCCUGAUGUUUAUGGAAUACGGCGAUCCAAUCGUGCCAGGAAAGAGCCCCAAAGAUUAGUAAUACAGUCUGGUAGUGACAGUGAUGACAGUGGAAAGAAAAAGAGAAAAGGUAGAAGAAAAAGUGAAAGUUGGAUCCCUACACUUAGUGGAAGUGAAAGUGAAGAAUCAGACUCGAGUUUUGACGUCCCACAAAAAGUUACUCAGAAAAGGUCAAAACCAACAUCAGGUUCACGAAAAAGACGAAAGCAACAAAGAGGACGUACGGUAUCAACAAGCUCUGAUGAAUACGGUAAAAAAGGCCGUGGGAAAAAAAAAUCUCACUAUGUUGGUGGGGCAAGAAGAAAUACUUUAAACAAAGUUAGCUAUAAGGAAGACAGCGAGGAUGAAACAGACUCAGAUGAUCUUGUUGAAUAUGAUGAAAAACAAACUGAUAUACCUACUGAACCAGUUGAAACUAUUGAGAAGGUUAUGCGUCAUCGCAAAGGCAGACCAGAAGAAAUUGGAGCUCAAACUACUAUAUACUCUCCAGAAAACGAGGAAUUUGCAAAAAAAGGUGAACCUGACCCAGAAAACGAAACUGUUGAACUUCAGUUCUUGAUUAAAUGGAAAACUUGGUCUCAUUUACAUAACACAUGGGAGACGAAAAAAUCUUUAACUGAGCAAAAGUGUGGAGGGAUCAAAAAAUUGGAAAAUUAUAUAAAACGAAUGGAUGAAAUAGAGAAAUGGAAAAAAAUCUCAUCUCCUGAAGAUGUGGAAUAUUUUGAAUGCCAAAGUGAAAUGAAUGAAGAUAUUCAGAAGCAAUAUCAAAAAGUGGAAAGAAUUAUCUCUCAUCAGUUUAUGCCAGAAUCAGAUUCUUCAUAUCCUGACUAUCUCUGCAAGUGGCAAGGCUUGCCAUACUCUGACUGCACUUGGGAAGAUGGGAACUUAACUGCAAGGUUUUUUCAAAGUUAUAUUGACGAGUAUUUAGAACGUGAACGAUCUGACACCAUACCUAAUAAAAAUGCGAAAUGUUUACGACAUCGUCCAAAGUUUGUACCGUUAAAAAAGCAGCCAGACUAUUUAGGAAAUUCUGAUCUGCAACUGCGUGAUUAUCAGUUAGACGGUGUUAACUGGUUGGCACAUGCUUGGAGUCGAGAACUGUCUGUUAUUUUAUCGGAUGAGAUGGGAUUAGGCAAAACCAUUCAAACUAUUUCUUUUUUAUCUUACCUGUUCCAUACUCACUCAUUAUACGGGCCAUUUCUUGUCGUUGUACCCCUUUCCACCAUGGAUGCUUGGCAAAGAGAAUUCCAACUAUGGGGGCCUGAUAUGAACUUAAUAGUUUAUAUUGGCGAUGUCAAUUCGAGAACUAACAUACAAGAAUAUGAAUGGUGUUUUAAAAAAAACAGAAAACUAAAAUUUAAUGUUUUAUUGACAACGUAUGAGAUGCUGCUUCGGGACAAGGAGUUACUCGGUUCACUUUAUUGGGCUGCUUUAUUGGUAGAUGAAGCUCAUCGCUUAAAAAACGAUGACUCCUUGUUAUACAGAAUGUUGAUUGAUUUCCGUACAAAUUUUCGCUUACUGAUCACUGGUACACCCUUGCAAAACUCUUUGAAAGAACUUUGGUCGUUGAUGCAUUUUAUUAUGCCGAACAGGUUUGAUGAGUGGUCCGAUUUCGAGUCUGAAUAUUCAGUAUCUGAUAAAGAAGGUCUUCAGAAACUUCACAGAGAUCUUGAACCCUAUUUAUUGAGAAGAGUGAAGAAGGAUGUAGAAAAAUCUCUUCCAGCUAAGGUUGAACAAAUUCUCAGGAUGGAAAUGUCACAAGUCCAAAAACAGUACUACAAGUUGAUCCUGACGAAAAAUGUACAAGAGCUAUGUAGAGAACUUAAGGGUAGUUUCAGUGGAUUGCUAAAUAUCAUAGUGGAGCUGAAGAAGUGCUGUAACCAUAGCAACUUGAUAAAACCCCUUGACCUGAUGAAUGAAGACCCCAACAUGCUACAGACACUUAUCAAAGGAAGCGGAAAGAUGAUACUGUUAGACAAAUUGUUGUGUCGGUUGAAAGAGACAGGACAUCGAGUUCUGAUCUUCUCACAAAUGGUUCGAAUGCUUGACAUCAUCGCUGACUAUCUGUAUAUGAAAAGAUUCAUGUUCCAGAGAUUAGAUGGAUCAAUACGCGGUGAGCAACGGAGGAGAGCUUUGGAUCAUUUUAAUGCUGAAGGUUCACAGGAUUUCUGUUUUCUUCUCUCAACUCGUGCCGGAGGUCUGGGUAUUAACCUCGCAUCAGCAGAUACAGUAAUUAUUUUUGACUCUGAUUGGAAUCCGCAAAAUGAUCUGCAGGCCAUGGCUCGAGCGCACAGAAUUGGUCAAAAAAAUCAAGUCAAUAUAUACAGGUUUGUUACUAAGAAUACAAUUGAGGAGGAUAUUAUUGAGCGAGCAAAGAAGAAGAUGGUGCUCGAUCAUCUCAUUAUACAACGCAUGGACACAACUGGUCGAAGAAUCUUGUCGAAGAGUAGCACUGCUCCUUCCUCUAACGCACCAUUUAACAAAGAGGAAUUAUCUUCUAUUCUAAAGUUUGGUGCUGAAGACCUGUUUAAAGAUGCUGACCAAGACCAGGAUCAAAAGCUUCAUGCUAUGGAUAUCGAUGAAAUCUUGCAGCGUGCAGAAACUCAGGAGCAUCAGGAUAACUUACCUUCAGUUGGCGAAGAACUGCUUUCUCAAUUCAAGGUGGUUAACUAUGCAGCCUUUAACGAAGAAGAAAUUAAACCAACUCCUACUGCCAACCCUAUGCAAAAAUUAUGGGAAGAAAUCAUUCCUGAAGAAGAACGAAAGAAAGCGGAAGAAGAAAGAGAAAAAGAAAAGAAAGCUGAGUUGACGUUAAAGCCAAGAAGUAGAAAAACUGUGGAGAAGAUGAACAUUGGUCAAACGUCCAAUAAUAAAAAAGUAAAAUCUAAAGCCAUCGUGGACACUGAUACAUCUAGCGAUUCUGAUGACGACAGUGUGGAGGAGAAUGAUGUUGAUGAAGCUAAAGGUAAAAAAGCAACGAAACGGCAAACGAAAUCCAAACCUGUAAAGAAGGAGGGUGUCAAAGGGUUCUCCGACGUAGAAAUAAGAAGGUUUAUAAAAAGCUACAAAACGUUUGCAAGACCAAUGACCAGGCUGGAUUCGAUUGCAGAAGAUGCUGAACUUACAGAUAAAUCGGUGAACGAAUUAAAAGAACUCGGUGAAUUAUUGAAGUCUUCCUGUGAACAAGCUGUAAAAGAUUAUCAAGAGAAGCUGUUGCAGGACGAACAAUUUGACGGUAAAAAGAAAGGUGCCUCUUUGAAGAUAUCUGGUGUCACCAUAAACGCGCCAUCGGUGUUAAAAGCAGAAGUAGAUUUAGAACCACUCGCUUUGUGCUUACCACAAGAACCCCGACAACAAAAAGGUUACCGAUUGACCCAUCCCACACGUAGCGUACAUUGGGGUAUCUCAUGGGGCGUGGUGGAAGAUUCCAUGUUGUUGAUUGGUAUGCUGAAGUAUGGUGUUGGCAAUUGGGAUGCUAUCAAAAAUGAUCAUGCGUUGGGACUUUCUGGAAAGAUCCUUCCCAUGGGAAAUGGCAAGCCGCAAAAUAAACAUCUCCAAUCUCGCGCAGAUUAUCUUCUGAAACUUUUAAAAGAACAGAAAACUCAUCAUGAACCAGAACAGAAAAAAAAAAAAAUAAAGGUUCGUCCACACAAACAAGAAGAUUAUGUAUCGCCUCACUCAGAAAGCGAGCAUACCAUCUCAAAUACUCUGAAUGAACAAAAACCAAGCAAGAAGAAGAAGACUAAAAAGACUGUUGAAAAGAAGAAUGCAAAGACACUCAAAAAAGAGAAGACUCGCGAUGAACGAAUCUCAAGUCCUGCCGUGCCAGAAGAAAAUCCGGUAGUGGUGAUGGACUUUCGAGAAGAAAUGGCCGAAGAAACUUUUAAGAAGUGCAAAGAAAAAAUGCGCCCGGAAAAGAAGUCACUCCAACAACUUGAUUCUCCUGACCAAAAAUCUACGCCCAAAGAACAAGUGCAGACAACGAAAAAAUGUUUGUUAAAAAUCGGGGACCAUAUUGAAAGGUGCUUGGACGAGUACAUGAAGGACCCUAACGAACUUGAUGUAUGGCGGAGUAAUCUCUGGUCUUUUGUUGCAAAAUUUACCGAGUUAGGACCAGCGAAACUUCACAAGCUCUAUCGAGCAGCUGCUCGUAAGAGAGACGUGCAGCGUGACGAACAGAAGAAAGAGAUUCAAAAACUGAAAAUAAACUACACUCAAUCACUUCACGAGAUCGGAAAACAUCUCCCUCCGGAUCGUUUGGAGCUGGAAAAAGCGAGAAAAAAAGCGUUAGGUUUAAAUGCUAACAAUCCUGCAUCGGCAAAGAUACCAAAGUUGAAUAAAAUUAAAAUACCUCACAAGAAAAAAGAAAAAGAUGGAACAAAUAACAAUAAUAAAAAUACGGUACCGAAUUAUAAGAUGCAUGAAAGCCGAGAUGGGUACCGUGGUCGACACGGCGGAGAGAAGAUGAGCGAAAAUUGGCGUCAUCGAAACAAGCCGUACAACCGAGAACAGGCACCAAACUACAAUACUUCACAAAAGUUAAUUCUAGACAACGAAAGUGGUAACACCGUCAAAACGCAAACAUAUCGAGAAUGGAAGGAAGCUCAGAAAGCACGGUUAGCUGCGGAAGAGAAAGCACCGCUUAAGGAGAAUAGACAAAAAACAUAUAAAGAUAAACCUUAUUACGGAGAUGAAAAACCUCAUAAUACGGAAAAACACUAUGGAGAUGAAAAAGCUCCGUUUAAACAUGAACAAUAUACUUCUUACGAUCCACGUAGUAAACCUCGCUAUCAUCGCGAUUCGCAAGAAUAUUCGGGAGAAUACUCAAUAUCUCCAUCGUAUAUAAAAUCUCCUUCAGCUUCUCUUUCUCCGCAUAGUUACGUUGAUUCUUGGUCGAGGAAAAGAACUUCAAGUAAUAAUAGUGAAUUUGUUGCUACUAAAAAGUUGCAUAGAGAUCCGGAAUCGUCUAACAGCAACCAAUCGUGGGCAACAGGUGGGAACACGUGACAUUAAAGUAACCAAUCAAGAUCGUGUAAAACAUGUUCAUUGUCUAAUUAGCAUUAUUUACGUACGCAAUUUAAUGUUCUUUUUUAAGUACAAAAAUUUUUAUCUGUUAUAUCUUGAGUUUAUUUUAUUAUAGAAGAUAAUAAUGGAAGAAACACUUUCACUUAACAGUGAUUUCAUAUACAAAUAACAUUCUGCUUUUUACAUACACGUCUGCAAUAUUUCUGUCAAUAUAGUCUUUUUUGUAUUUUGUGCCAACUAAGUGCCGUAUUGUCCAAGUGUUCGUGUAUACCAAAAGAAUGUAAAUAUUUUUUUCUGGGUUAGAUUUUUAUGAAAAAUAUUUGACGACAGUCCUCGUUUACUGAG